AUGACCUCAUCGCCCGAACACGUUGACCAGUACACGGCGCCCGUUUCCAACCUCACGUACCUCCACAAGCAGCAGUCCAAGAGCCACAAGGUGCACGACACGCCUCAACCGCGCGGUCGCAACACGACGAGAUAUGAGCUGGGAAGAAGAAAUAGGGGAGGUGAGAAGGCUACGCGCAUUUACCCCAACAUAACAAAGUCGCCGUCGGCAAAGCGCCUCUCGUCCACGUCCCCACCCACAAACUACAAUGCGACCACGUCCCCAUUGCUAUCGGCUAUCGGCGCCUCACGAACCCCCGCCGCACAGUACACAAACGAGUGGGCCAAAUCUGUCCCAUUCUUUCCAAACUCUGGUUCACCAGGUAAUGGUGGUAUAGCCAUCGCUGGCUCUCCGCCCACCUUCCAGAACUCGCCCAGUGCGCGAGAGGGACUGUACGCACACCAAGCCAUGUCCAACUCUCCGCCUACUGCCCGUCCCCUCAGUCACCCCAAUCAGUACACCACGUUUGGCGGCCGCAUGCAGAACUCGCCGGGCAGAGACCGCCGGGCGUCCAUCUACUCGCAGGGUGGCCGCCCCACUUCACAACAGUUCGCUGCGAACCCGCCCCUGCCGCAUCAGGCGCAGCCCCACUACUACGGCUUGCCGAACCUCGACUUCCUCAAUACUGCCCCAAACAAGGGCGGUAUGCAACCAGGAGAGGGAGGUCACUUCUGUGGCUUCGACACCUUGUCCAUGGCAGGAGACGAGGCGGCUCGGACGUCGGAGAACGUACUCGUUGUCGGUUCACAGGGUGGUCUUGAUGUCUUCCGUGUUGAAAAGAGCAAGAUGGACCUCGUGGGAAGACUGGAAGGUCUUCGUGGUGCCGUCAUAGGCGCCAAGAUCUUGCCCUGGACUUCGCGCAUGGACCCGUCGGCUCCUUCCCGUCCGCUAGUUGCGCUUGUCCUACAUGGUCCGGUUGUCAAAGAUAGUAGGAGCAGCAGUGGAAGCGGCGCGUCUUCUGCCGCAGAUGACUCAGCCUCCGAUUCACCCAGCAGGCCAUCCUCGCGCCAUGGAAACGCUAACGGCCAAAUUAGCGGUUACCAGACCACCGUUGAAGUCUACUCCCUCAAGGAGAGGCGGAGAAUUGCAGUCUUGUAUCGGACUCCGAUGACACCGCUCACCAACCCCAUCGACAGCCCUCUGUUCCAACCGCCACCUCCUGUAGGCGACUUUGUCGUCGAUGCGAAGGGCAAGUUUGUCAUUGUUGCAUCUGGUACAAGCGGCGAAGUCUUCAUAUUCGCUCCAUACUUACAGGGUCACUUGGACUAUGCCGAGAGUUUCCAUUGUAUCGGCAAGAUUUGGACAUCUGUACAGAAUCGUGAACGGGUAAUACAGUCAGGGGGCUCGAGCGCUGCGGAUGGUAGUCAGGAUGAGAUACCUCCUGAGAAAUAUGGACUGCCUGUUUUCUCGCUUUCUGAUCGCUGGUUGGCAGUGACGCCACCGGCAUCGAGCGCAUUGUAUCCUGUGAAUGGUGUGGCUCUGACAUCGCCUUACUAUGAGCGCGCCCCUGGUCUUGCGCAUCACAGUGUACCACCUCAGCCAUCGCCUAAUUGUGCCGUUGAUGCACCCAACGAAGCAGGCCUCAUCGACAGACUCACCCGAGAAGGUACUCAAGUCGCAAUCAAGAGUGCCCGCUGGGCCACCGAGAAGGGAAUGCAGGCAUUCAAGAGCUACAUGAACAAGGGGCAGCAAGGACAGCAGACAUAUACUCAGGAUCCCAUGCAACACUACUUUCCACCCACACAUGGCCACGAUCAGACACAGCCUCGACAAGAAUCGACUGUAAUCUCCGUCUACGACUUGCAGAAGCUGCUAGAUGCGGAAGAAACGAGGAGCAAGAAUUCGCUGCAACCCAUUGCCACAAUCCCAGCUGCCUUGGGAUGUAGCUUUCUGUCAUUCGCUCCCAGCGGACUGAUGCUCAUGUCGGUCAGCAAGAAGGGCGACUAUCAAGAUAUCUGGGACCUCAAGCGCAUGACGUUUCGACGAGCCCGUAAGACGGCACGCGAACAACCUACUGGACCUCAUGUUCGACAAGUUGCUCGCUUUACUCGCAUGACUGUUGCGAAUGUUAUAGACGUUGUCUGGUCUGCUCCUAGAGCCGACAAACUGGCGGUCAUUACCGACAAAGGCACUGUACAUAUGUUCCCCAUGCCAGCGUCGGCGUUCCAAUGGCCACCGCCUCGACGAAUCCGCCCAUCCGCACCUCCACCUCCACCCAAGGAGAAUAUUGCUCCUGCAGGCGCUACUGGUGCCGUCAGUUCAGCCAUGCAAGCCAUCAGUAGUGCGAAGCCUUGGUUUGACGCCGUUCGAACCAGGGGUAACAACAGAGGUCCUCGGUUCAGUCUGAGCAGUCUUGGUGUUACUCCUGCUGCUGGCGCAAAAUCCGGCAAAGCCGUAGCUGCUGGCGUUGGAAAAUCUAUCAGCAACAUCCGACAUGCCGGUGACAACAAGAUGACGCUUCCACCAUCACCUAGUGGCAUCAAGCCAUACAGUGUACGCUGGAUGUCUGGCAGAGGCCGCGGCUCGAUUGCACUCGUCUCUGGCGGUGUCCUCCAAAUCUGGCGCAUACAAAUGCGACCUCCCACAGGCAAAGGCAAAUCCUCAAACACAGCAUCAAUCACCAAGAAAAAGCUGGUCGAGUUUGUCCUCGCCCCCAUUUCAGACGCAGGCCUCCCCCCUUCUGUCGCUGAACAGCUCUACCCCCAACCCGGCGAUCCAGAGCAAACCCUCGACUGCUACGGCGACUGGUUCCCGCGAAGCCUGUCUUCCCGCAAGCCCAUCGGCCCAACCCUUGCACCCCUCAGCUUCUCAGAAAUUGAAACAAACCCCCCUUACCAACCCUUCUACACCGACAAACGCGUCACCCGCUUCAUCUACUCGAGACACAUGCCAGAAGCUCACAGUACCAGCGCCAGCGAGUACCUCCCCCCACCCACAAUCCCCGAACUAGUCUCUAGUCUCCACCACGAAGACACCUCACCCUGGCUCUUUGGCGAAAUUAUCGAAGCUACACGUAUCUCGUCGCCCACUACGCAAGCUUACGACUCUGGGGGUGAAGAAGAUUUCGGUGGUGUCGCGGCGCGCAUUGAGAACAAACUCGUGUUGAGAGAUGGCGAGGAGGAGGUCGAACAGGUUGUUGUUACCACGAGGAGGCGACGCGUCAAGCAUGACGGUGAGGAAGAAGGGUUUUUUGAAGAUGAUUGUGAGGUGCUUGAUUUUGCCGAGGAUAGGGUGUAG